CUUCCCAAAGAGAGCCGGCGGCUGCCAUGAGCGGCGGGCGGGCGGCGGCGUGACUGCCAGAGAAUGGCCGCAGAGUUGUUCCCCAGCAAGAAGAAACUUCUUCCGUCCGCCUCGGAGCAGGAGCAGGAGCGGCAGCAGGAAGAGCCACCGCAGGAGGAGGAGGAGGAGGAGGAGGAGGCGCGCCGGCGCACGCGCGACCGGCCGAGCCUGAGCAGCAACAACAACAACGGCUGUGGGCGGGCCGGCUGCGCCUGGCAGGGCCUGUACCCCACCGUCCGCGAGAGGAACUCCGUCAUGUUCAACAAUGACCUGAUGGCGGACGUUUACUUUGUGGUGGGACCGCCGGGCGGGACGCAGCGGGUUCCGGGCCACAAGUACGUCUUGGCGGUGGGCAGCUCGGUGUUCCACGCCAUGUUCUACGGCGAGCUGGCCGAGGAUCGGGACGAGAUCCGCAUCCCCGACGUGGAGCCGCCGUCCUUCCUCGCCAUGCUCAAGUACAUCUACUGCGACGAGAUCGAGCUGUGCGCCGACACGGUCCUGGCCACGCUGUACGCCGCCAAGAAGUACAUCGUGCCGCACCUGGCGCGCGCCUGCGUCAACUUCCUGGAGACCAGCCUGAGCGCCAAGAACGCCUGCGUGCUGCUGUCGCAGAGCUGCCUCUUCGAGGAGCCCGAGCUGACGCAGCGCUGCUGGGAGGUGAUCGACGCCCAGGCCGAGCUGGCGCUGCGCUCGGAGGGCUUCUGCGACAUCGACGCGCACACGCUGGAGAGCAUCCUGCGCCGCGAGACGCUCAACGCCAAGGAGAUGGCCGUCUUCCAGGCGGCGCUGGGCUGGGCCGAGGCCGAGUGCCAGCGCCGGGACCUGCGGCCCACCGUCGAGAACAAGAGGCUGGUGCUCGGCAAGGCCAUCUACCUGAUCCGCAUCCCCGCCAUGGCCCUGGAGGACUUUGCCAACGGGGCGGCCCAGUCGGGCGUGCUGACGCCCAACGAGACCAACGACAUCUUCCUGUGGUACACGGCGGCCAACAAGCCCGAGCUGCUGUUCCUCAGCAAACCCCGGCGGGGCCUGGCGCCGCAGCGCUGCCACCGCUUCCAGUCGUGCGCCUACCGCAGCAACCAGUGGCGCUACCGCGGCCGCUGCGACAGCAUCCAGUUCGCCGUGGACAAGCGCGUCUUCGUGGCCGGCUUCGGACUGUACGGCUCCAGCUGCGGCUCGGCCGAGUACGGCGCCAAGAUGGAGCUGAAGCGGCAGGGCGCCGCCGUGGCGCAGCGGGCCGUCAAGUACUUCUCCGACGGCUCCAGCUCCACCUUCGCCGUGUGGUUCGAGCACCCGGUGCAGAUCGAGCCCGACGCCUUCUACACGGCCAGCGUGGUGCUGGACGGCAACGAGCUCAGCUACUUCGGCCAGGAGGGCGUGACCGAGGUGCAGUGCGGGAAGGUCACCUUCCAGUUCCAGUGCUCCUCGGACAGCACCAACGGCACCGGCGUGCAGGGCGGCCAGAUCCCCGAGCUCAUCUUCUACGCCUGACGCCCUUCACCCCACUCUCCCCUCCCAUCUCGGAAGAUGCCGGAAACGAGACGGACUCUCCUCUCUCUUGUCUUUCGGUCACCGCUUUGUUGAAUGUGCGCAAAUGGCGGCAGUGGCCUUAACUUUGUCCAAAUAAAAGCAUUCAUCGCA